CCGGAUCCCGGGCCACCUCCGAACCCGACGCGACCAUGGCCGCCGCAGCAGCGCACGCCCAGCUCCGCGGAUCUCCGGCGGCGGCGAGCAGGAGGUGGCCGGCCCCCUCCCGCGCCGCCCUCGUCCGCCCCGUGCCGCUCCCCGCCUCUACCAGGCUCCUCCGCUCCGGUGGCCUUUUUCCGGUUAGCUUGGCCACCAAGCCGUUGACGGCGAUGUGCAUGAAGUCAAAAUGUACUGGUACUCCCGUCGAACACGUCACUGCUCCUGAGCAUACAGAAGAUGAAAUUCCGGAGCCAACCACCGCGGUGGCUGCUACUGAAGAGGUAGAUACUGACCUGGGAGAUGCUCCACAACAGAAGAGUGCGAUAAUACACGACUUCUGCCUCGGGAUCCCUUUUGGCGGGUUAUUAUUUUCCAUGGGCCUUGUUGGAUUUCUUUUCUGGAGGAGUCCUGUAAGUUUAACUUUCGGUGUUGCACCUGGGCUUGCUAUAUUGGCACUUGCUGUGCUUAGUCUCAAGGGCUGGAGGAGUGGAAAGUCCAGCUUGCCAUUUAUACUGGCACAAGGAGCUGUUGCUGCUGCAGUAGCAUGGAAGCACUGUCAGGCGUACACCGUAACGAAGAAACUGCUUCCUUGGGGCUUUUACGCCGCACUCAGUGCUGCGAUGAUCUGCUUCUACUCGUAUGUCUUGCUUGCUGGAGGGAAUCCGCCGCCAAAGAAGAAGAAGGCAGCAGCUGCUCCUGCUCUAUAAGUCGAGCCUUUAGUUGUGUUUCUAUCUGAGGUUGUGCUCUAGUAAAUGUACUGAUGAUAUAUGGUUUGUUCUGUUUCUUUUAAUUAUAGAAAACCCGGGAAAUAACAGGUUCUGUUGUAGCAUAGUUCAUCUGGUCUUUCUGUUAAUUGAUGGAAGAGCUAGAGUAGGUUAAACUUGCCCUGGUUCUGCAUGAACUUUUGUUCCUGAACAUUGUUCUUAUGCCUGAACAAAGUUUUGCUUUUAUUCCA